GCAGCACCUGUCUUCUCCUUAAUUGGAUUUUCAGUCAGGACUUUGUUUCUCUUCACGAUGGAUCUCUUCUCCUUCACCCUGACUCUCCUGGUUCUCCUGGCCCCAGCCUGGGGCUUCGACCUGGGUCAGUCGACCCGCUGUGUGCCUAUCCCCCACCAGAUGAGUGUGUGCCAGGACGUGGGCUACUCAGAGAUGAGGCUGCCUAACUUGCUGGGGCACAGCAGCCUAGAGGGCGAGGUGGUUCCUCGCUCGGAGGACUGGAGACCCCUGCUGCAGACCGGUUGCCAUCCCCAGGUCCAGGCCUUCCUCUGCUCCCUCAUCGCGCCCGUCUGCCUCGACGCUUUUAUCCAGCCGUGCCGUAGCCUGUGUGUGGCCGUCAGGGACAGCUGUGCCCCAGUACUGGCCUGUCAGGGCCAAGUCUGGCCAGAGGCGCUAGACUGUGACCGCUUCCCUUCCCAGGAAGACAUGUGCCUGACCCCCCACCCCAAACACAGCAACAGCCACCUCGCCAAAGCAUUGCCUAAGCCUGCAUGCCAAGCAUGUCCUUCCGUGGAGGAGCACCCUUCACUGAAGACAGUUCUGGAUUCUCUGUGCCAGGAUGACUUUGCUGUAACAGCCAAGCUGUCUCGCCGGCGCCUGCCCUCAGGGGAGCCAGAGUUUGAGGUGGAAGGCCGGGUAGAGUUUAUCCGCCAGGGCCCCCUGCUUCCCUACGACACCCAGCACCUCCUCCAGCAGUGGCUGCUCAUCAACCUGCCCUGUGCCAACGUACUGGUCCGGCCCGGCCGUGUCCAGCUCUACCUGCUGACUGGCGCUGUGCAGUCCGAUGGCACCCUGGCCCUCACCCACCUCUUCCCCUGGCACAAGAAGAACAACAGCAUCACAGUGGCUGCACGCAAGUGGAAACACCACAGGUGUUGAGUGACUGGAUGAUAGGAGUGAUAUAAUGAAAAAUAUGAUCUCUGUUAAAUCUGUGUUCCUUAGAAUGGCGUCCUGAGUGGAAGGUCAGUUGAGUAUAUGAUGUUUUCUGAAGUUACUGACUUGAUGUCAGAGGUGUUAGAGCUGGACUCUCUCAUUGGCCCUCUGUUGCCCUCUGCUCCUUCACAGUAGCUCAGCUACAGCACACAG